ACACAACGGCCGGCCGACCACCCAGGCGGCACCCAUGAUUUUUCUACUUUACGAACGUUGUUUUCCCCGAGCAGUUGCCACAGUCGGGCAACAGCUUCGCGACGACGUGUCUCGAGCCCCAGCCGCGCCAACGCCACCCCCCCGUCCCGCACGCUGCCGCCGGCCCACGCAUCCCUUCUUCCCUCCACAUCCCCUGUUCUCUAUCUCAAUCUCCCGUUUCCUCAGCGUCCGCGAGCGCUAUGGCAUCGGCGGGAGACGCCAUUGGCGAAGCGGCAGCGGGAGCAGAGACGAUGGCCAAGAGGAAGAAGAGGAUCUCUGACUGCCUCGUCGACAGCGACGAUGGCCCCGACGACGCGCCGCCUUUCCCUGGCACGCCGCGGCUGCGCAUCCCGAUGUUCACCUGCGCCCGGCUUCGGUUCGGCGGCAGGAAGGCCGGGGGGCGACGGAAGGAGGCCGCCGCCGCCGCCGCCAUCGCCGCCGAGAAGAGCGAGGAAGGCGCGUCCGUGGAUUCCUCAGCUAUCCUCUGUUUCGUGCGACCAGCGGGGUGGAAGGUGGCCAGCAGCAGCGGCGCGUCGACGGCGGAAGCGGCUGCCGGCAUGGGCCUCGGCCUGCUGUUCCUCCUCGCCAAGACCUGCUCCGAGCUCAAGAAGAUGGCCGAGGUGCGCGCGCAGAUGGAGGCGCUCCUCGACGAGAUGCGGGGCCAGCUGGCGGCGGCCAGGACGACGAAGAUCACCAGCACGGGUAACAAUAACCACGCCGCGGCUUCCUCGUCUUCUCCCAGUCCGGGACGACGUCCGCGCCGCCAUUCCCGUCGGCGAGUUGAUCAGGGACGGGAACGGAGAGGCGAGCCGUCGGCGUCGUCGGCGUUCUACGCGAUGACGGGGAACCCUCUGUUCGACGAUCUCGAUCGGCGCGAGCCGUGUGGCCGUGGUGCGGCCGCUUCUUCGGAGACAGCGAGCGGCGAGAGCGAGACGACGACGGCUGAGGUCGAAAGCCCAGGCGCGACGAGCAUGGCCGUGGACUUGACCCGGCAGUUUCAGCACAACCGCGACACCAAUCAGGAAACAUCCGAGUGGUCAUCGUCGGACGACGGCGAGUUCAUCGAGCUGGACGGUGGAUUCUUCCGCGGCGGCGGCGGCGGCGAGAGGCGAGGAGACUAUUCCGAGGAGUGCUACAGAGCCGAGUCGGAGGAGGAGCGGGCCGGCGAGGGGGUGUCGGCGCUGGAGGUGGAGAGGCGGCUGCAGGAGAUCGUGCACCGGAGGAGCCGGGAGCGGAUCGAGGAGCUGGAGUCGUCGCUGCGGCGCGCGGAGCGGAAGCUGGUCGAGAAGGAGAUGGAAGCGCGGCUGUGGAAGGACACGGCCAAGCUCGCGCUCCAGCCUCCGCCGCCGCCGCCGCGUCAGCAGGGGGAGGACGCCGACGGGGCAGUGGCUUCCUCCUUGCGAUGACCAAGAUUUGACCGCGGGAGUUCCGUGAUUGUACAGGAUUACUCUACACAUACAGGAUGCAGUAGGUACAGCUGACUCCUGGAUGACUUCCGGUCAAAAAAGACUCCUGGAUGAUUAGAUUAGUGCCGUACGCAUGAAUGGAGUCUAAAAGCGAGCCAACAAAAGUACUGUAUAACGAUGAUAUACAUAUUUGACAGUGUGAAUCAUUUUGACGCA